GUUUGAGCGAAUUAAAGAGCUGUUAGAUGGUCAACAGAUGACGUUGAAACUGCCAGCGCCGGGGAAGCAGUUCACAGUUUCGACAGACGCCAGUGAUUAUGGUAUAGGUGCUGUUUUAAGACAAACAGAUGGGGUUGUUGAAUACGCUAGCCGUGUGUUGACACUUGCAGAACAGAAGUAUUCUACGGUGGAAAAGGAGUGUUUAGCUAUCGUAUGGGCACUAGAAAAAUGGAGACCAUAUCUGAUCGGCCGCCGAUUCCACAUUGAGACCGACCACAAACCUCUUCAGUGGUUGAAAACAGCACGGGAUCCACGAGGGAAGUUAUCACGAUGGAUGUUACGCCUACAAGAGUAUGACUUCACGAUUGGACAUAUUCCAGGAAAAGAAAAUGUAAUAGCUGACUAUUUGUCGAGAUCAGAUAAUGAGAUUGAACUACCAGAAGUAGCGUAUGCAGUAAACGCUUUGGAGCAAGAUCCCUUACAACUUGUUCGCCACCAGAAGUCGGAUCCUACUCUUAAGACAGUCAUUCAGAUGAUACGUGAAGGGAAAGAAAUUGAAAUGGCAGCAGAGAAUAAAGAGUUAAAGAUGCUACUGCAGCAAAAACAUAGACUCAAACUAAACGCUGCCGGCGUCCUAACUUGGAAAGACAGUGAUGGUAGCUGGGUUACAGUGAUACCAAAAAGCCUUCGUCGUGGGGUGAUUCAAGAAUGCCACCAACUAGCCCAUACAGGAGUUACACGAACAUACGACCUAGUGAGCCAAAGUGCAUACUGGCCAAACAUGAGAGGCGAUAUUGCAAACUACGUACUCGCUUGCCCACAGUGUCAAUUGAUGAAGGGUGAUCGGUGCAGUCGACCGCAGCUACAAACGAUACCCGUAACGGCGGUUGGUGACUUAUGGUCCGUGGACAUAAUGGGUCCUUUCCCUCAGACAGCAAGUGGAAAUCAAUACAUUUUAGUGAUGACGGAACACGCCACGCGGUGGGUAAAUGCUGUAGCGAUUCCAGAUCAGCGCGCCAAGACCGUAACCGAGGCCGUCAUUCGACAUAUUGUGGCGGAUCAUGGUGUACCGAAAAUGAUAUUGACAGAUCAAGGCCCCUGUUUUGAAAGUGAGGAGUUCAAGACUCGUCUGGAGGCACUGGGUAUUAAGAGGAUUAGAACGACUCCGUAUCAUCCGCAGACAAACGGCUUAACCGAAAGGAACAAUCGUACACUCAAGGAGUGGCUAGCUGCGAAAAGAGGCAACUGGGAAACUGACUUACCGUUGGUAUUACUAGCACAUCGUGCCACAGUACAAGGGACAACAAAAAAGUCGCCUUUCCAGCUGAUGUAUGGGAGGAAACCACGCUUACCGGUGCACCAUAAGACUUGGCCAACACAACAAAAAUGGAACAGUAAGAGAUGGACAAAUGAGCGGAAACAAGCUAUUCAGAAUAUACAAGAGAAGCGCAAGAAAGACAUCGAAAAUUAUGGCAAGAAACAAAUCAAAGCUUGGAAGCCGUUUGAAGUAGGUGACCAGGUGAAAUGUAGAGAACGAAAGUAUACUACCGGAAGUGGACCAGGAUCAGGAAAGCUUCUGCCGAAGUGGGAGGGACCAUAUGUGGUCACAUCGAGACGCGGUCCAGUGUACACAAUAAAGAGAGGUGAUAAAGAGAAAAGAGUAAACGCCAGUCUGCUACAAAGAUGGAGAGAAGAAUGUCAAGAUGAGGUACCAGAAGAGCAGCAGGAAGAAACGUCUGUGCGGCGAUCAAGGCGGUUACAGGAGAGACUUUAUAAUGAGGGGGCGAGUGUGGUGAGUGCUACUUAUAAUCCGAUAUAAGUAGUAUAUCAGGAACGAAGUAACAACAUGUUUGGCACACCGAAAGAGCAAUCAAAGAAGAGAACCAUAAGAAGAAUGUUGCCAUAUGAUGCAGAAUCCAAGAAGCUAUCGAAUGAGAUGAUAUUCGACCAAUUCGUCAAGGAUGUGGUGAAGAUGUGCAAAUGGC